GGCGGGGCGGCGGGGUGGAGCGGGGGCGCCGGGAUGCCGCUGCACAAGGUCCCGGUCGGCCUGUGGAGGCGGCUGCGGCUGCGGGAGGGCAUCUGCUCGCGGCUGCCCCCGCACUACCUGCGCUCCCUGCAGGAGGCGCGCGCGCCCGCGCCGGUGCACUACAGGCCGCGCGGGGCCGGGGCCGGGGCCGGGGCGGGCGGCCGGCGGGAGCGCGUGCAGGACGUCCCCAUCCCCGUGUACCGGCCGCCGGAGGCGCAGCUGGGGCUCUGGGGCGGGGAGGGCUGGGUCGUCGGCUACAGGUACGUCGGCGACGACAAGCUCUCAAAGAGGGUGAAGAAGGUGUGGAAGCCACAGCUGUUGCAGCGUGAGCUCUACAGUGAGAUCCUGGACACGAAGUUCGCUGUCACGGUGACGGCGCGGACCCUGGACCUCAUCGACGCGGCCUACGGGUUCGACUUCUACAUCCUGAAGACUCCAGAGGAGGACCUGUGCUCCAAGUUCGGGAUGGACCUGAAGCGAGGGAUGCUGCUGCGGCUCGCCCGACAGGAUUCCCAGCUGCACCCCGACAAUCCCCAGAAGAGGGCAGCCACCUACGACAAGUACAAGGAGUUUGUCAUCCCGGAGGCAGAAGCCGAGUGGGUUGGCCUGACGCUGGAUGAGGCUGUGGAGAAGCAGAGGCUCCUGGAGGAGAAGGACCCGAGCCCUCUGUUCAAGGUCUACGUGGAGGAGCUGAUUGGGCAACUUGAGCAGCAGGCCCUGUCUGAGCCUGUGGUGGUGCAGAAGAGGGCCAGCAGGGAGUGACUGCGCGGGGUCCUGCCCCCCGCCCCCGCGGGCGCACGAGUCUGGUGGGGGCUGGUGGAUGAACCCCAUCUUCUGUGCUGGCUCAGUGGCUGCCAGGGCUGGAUGGGCUUUGUAGAGCCCCAGGGGUCUCCUGUCCCAGGGCCUCCAGAGGUCUGGGGCUGGCUUGCUGCCUCUGUAGCCCCCUCUUCUCCCCUGAGGUGGAGACCCAGCUGGGGCGGCGCCAGUAAAGUCUGAACUUGUC